GGAGAGGCGGCCAAGGUAGCGCCGUCUCCCGAGCGCCGGCUGGAGCAUCCCUCCACCGCAGCCCGAGCCCAGCCGCUCCGCGCCCUGCCUACCCCGGGGGGGCGCAGAGGGCUCGUGGCGCAGGGCGGCCGGACAAGGCUUGCAGCCGCCUCCGCCUCUUCCCGCCCCUCCCGCCUGCCCCUGCAGCAGCGGCAGGAGCGGGUGGCUCCGCGUCGCCUUCGCUUCUCCGCCCCUGCGAGCCCCGCGGCCGCCUGCACCCGCCGGGCAGGUCAUUUGACAAAAUGGGAAAUGGAUCAAUGAAACACAAGCAUCUGAAGCGGCCAGAGAGACAUGUAGCAAACUUCUCCAUUAGCUAUUCUAGCAGAGGGAAGUUGCUGAAAGACCCUGCCCUGGGCAUCAGUGUGUCAGGGAGAGCUGAUGUUCUUAGAAGCAAAGUGCUGGAGCUUGAAAGGGAGCUGAAGAGAAAGGAUGAUGAGCUAUGUGAGAGUGAACAUCACAUCACAGAACUACAGGAACAGCUGGCUACGCAAACGAAAGCCAUAGCAGAACUCACUGAGGAACUCCAGGGCAAAUGCAUCCAGCUGAACAAGCUACAAGAUGUUGUUAACACUCAAGGAGGGAACUCCUUCCAUUCUUCACCAUUUAAAACGGCUCAGAGGCUCAACCAAACUGCUUCCCAUGCGUUUUCUGCUAACAGGAGGAGAGGUGCUAAGGAAGGUGUUUCUGCAGAGCCAACAACUAGGAUGUAUGAUCUGAGUAAACAACCCAGGUUUUCCUUUGAAAAAGCAAGAGUCAGAAAGGACUCCAGUGAGAAAAAACUCAUUGCAGAUGCCCUGAAUAAAAAUCUGUUUCUCAAGAGACUGGACCCUCAGCAGAUCCGAGACAUGGUAGAAUGUAUGUAUGGGAGAACAUACCAGCAGGGGAGCUAUAUCAUCAAACAAGGAGAGCCAGGCAACCAUAUUUUUGUGUUGGCAGAAGGCAGGCUGGAAGUUUUUCAGCAGAACAAGCUGCUCUCCUCAAUCCCUGUGUGGACAGCAUUUGGUGAGCUAGCCAUUUUAUACAACUGCACAAGGACAGCCUCUGUGAAAGCUAUCACAAAUGUUAAAACAUGGGCAUUGGACAGAGAGGUGUUUCAGAACAUCAUGAGAAGGACAGCACAAACAAGACAAGAACAGUACAGAAAUUUUCUCAGAAGUGUAUCCCUACUGAAAAACCUACCUGAAGAUAAGCUAACAAAGAUAAUCGAUUGCUUGGAAGUGGAAUACUAUGACAAAGGAGAUUAUGUUAUUCGUGAGGGAGAGGAAGGAAGUACCUUCUUUAUAUUAGCUAAAGGAAAGGUUAGAGUUACCCAAAGUACUGAUGGUCACGCCCAACCACAGUUGAUUAAAACAUUGCAGAAGGGGGAUUACUUUGGCGAAAAGGCUCUGAUCAGUGAUGACGUCAGAUCAGCAAACAUUAUUGCAGAUGAAAAUGAUGUGGAGUGCCUUGUUAUAGACCGAGAAACAUUUAACCAGACAGUCGGAACCUUUGAAGAACUCCAAACAUACCUUGCAGGUUAUGUGGCUAAUCUGACCCGUGCUGAUGAAAGAAGACAAGCUAAGAGAUCUUCCUGUGGGCAGUUGACCAAUGAGCUCUCUUUGGAGAUGAUACAGCUGAAGGAGAAAGUAGACCGAUUCCCUUCUUCAUCCCCAUUCCAGAACCUGGAAGUUGUCACAACUCUGGGUGUUGGUGGGUUCGGAAGGGUUGAGCUUGUCAAAGUAAAAAAUGAAAAUUUAGCUUUUGCCAUGAAGUGCAUAAAGAAGAAACAUGUAGUGGAUACCAAGCAACAAGAGCAUAUCUACUCUGAAAAGAAGAUCCUAGAAGAGACAUGUUGUCCAUUCAUUGUGAAAUUGUAUCGCACAUUCAAGGACAGUAAGUAUGUUUACAUGCUACUGGAGGCCUGCCUUGGAGGAGAACUGUGGAGUUUACUGAGGGACAGAGGCAGUUUUGAUGAAUCCACUGCUAAGUUCUGUGUUGGGUGCGUGACAGAGGCUCUUGAAUAUUUGCAUCAUAAAGGAGUUAUCUACAGAGACCUGAAGCCAGAAAAUUUAAUUUUGGAUGGUGAAGGGUAUAUCAAAUUGGUUGAUUUUGGAUUUGCUAAGAAGAUUGAAGCUGGGCAGAAAACCUGGACAUUCUGUGGCACUCCUGAGUAUGUAGCUCCUGAAGUCAUUCUGAACAAAGGCCAUGAUUUUGGCGUGGACUUUUGGUCACUUGGAAUUCUUGUGUAUGAACUCCUUACUGGAAAUCCACCAUUUUCUGGAAUUGAUCAAAUGAUGACCUAUAAUUUGAUUCUAAAAGGCAUUGAAAGACUGGAUUUUCCUAGAAAAGUAACAAGGAGAUCUGAGGAUUUGAUUCGCCGACUUUGCAGGCAAAACCCUACAGAAAGAUUGGGAAAUAUGAAGAAUGGAAUAAACGAUAUUAAGAGACACAGGUGGCUGAAUGGUUUCAACUGGGAGGGACUGAGAAUGAGAAAGCUGAUAUCACCUUUAAAAAGAGAGCUUGCUGGACCCACAGACUUCAGCUACUUUGACACCUAUCCUCCUGAAGAAGGACACCCUCCAGAUGAGCUUUCAGGCUGGGAUAAAGAUUUCUGAAAGAUGCUACAAAGUUUGCUGAUAAUUUACUUGUAGAACACAGGAUAUCAGGACCAUACACAUAAAUCAUAAUUCCUCCCUCUAGUUGGUUUAGUAAAAUCAAGGCAUACUAGCUUGGUGUAAAAUAUUCUGUUUCUUGAAAAACAAAAGAAGAGAGCGCAAUGAGCAAAAUGCAUCCCUUCAUGCUUGCAGUUUAGACCAUGUUGUACGUCUACCUCUUAUUAGAAGUGCAUUAAUUGAUUCGACAACUUAAAUGUUUCUUUUAUGAAAUGCCUCUGUGAGCAAGAUCAGGCACUAAGGAUUGGAUGCAAGCAUAGCAGUAUUUCCAGUGACAGGACCAUGUUUUGAUUAUGAGGAUGAAAGCACGUCUUUAGUUUUGAGGAGACCAACGGUACCUAACUGUGGGAAUUAAGCUUCUGAAAUGUCACUUCUUACAACCCUCAUGCAUGCUUGAUUUUUUUUUUUUUAGGCAGCGUUAUGUAGAAAGAGAAGCACGUGGAAGAAAUAUUUUUUUCCUAAAAAAUAAUGUUUGAUUUGACUUUGGACUAAGGCUAGAAGUGCCUCAUUGUGGAAACAAUCUGUCAGUAUUAAUCCAGUGUUGUACCAGCUUGACUGCAUGAAAUAGAUUACAACAGGACAAAUGAAAGUAUAGAUAAGAAAUGAGGUAUAUAACUUGCAGAAAUUGCCCUAUAAUGGUGUCUGUAGUACUCAUUCUCCAAACUGCAUUCAAGCUAAGGAUUUUGUUUUAAUUACUUGCUUUAUAUAUAAUGAAAAGUUAGAUGGGGCUGUUCCAAGUCAGUAAGCUUUAGCCAUAAUGGAAGGGGUUUUUAUAAAUACAGUAUACUCCAUUGUUUUUCUAGAAGUUUGUUUGUUUUCUCGUUAGUAUAGAGAAUACAAAGUGACAUCUGGCCCCAUUCAUAUCAAUGAUAAAACUCAUUGGCUGCAGUGGAGGCAGGAUUUUACCUUUUUAGAUCAACAAAGCAUUCAGAAAGAAUGAGACCCCAACCUCUGAGUAACAUGAUUUUUUUUAAGGAGGCACGUUCCUGUAGAAAGAUUCUGAGCUAUGUCAGAGAAAUAAGAUUAACCCCAUAUCUUUGUUUUCCUUGAUUAAGGGAAUUCUGUCUGUCAAAACAUUUGAAAGUCUUCUUUGUAUUUUCUCCUAUCUAAAAAUCCUUUUAAAAGUGUCUAGUAAUCAAGGAAUGUAUAGCUUAUAUUGGAAAGAAGGCUCUACCUAGCUUUAAAGGAAGUUAAUAACCAUCCAGACACACUAACAAAAAAAAAAUCAAUCUCACUCUUCAAAGCCAGUUACUUUAUGCUUGGUGAUUUAAAAUGUUCUAAACCAAUAAUUGCUUAAUUAUUGUAUUUUUGCAAAUUCCUGCAUUCAUCAAAACAAGGAAAAGAACAAGUUGAAAUGCUGAUUGAAUGUCCUAUGUUCAUUGCUUAAACCGAAAGACUAUCUCUAAAAUACUUAAAAAUGUGAGUUAACAUUUUAUCAGUGUUUAAAAGAAUUAGUGGAUUUAUAACAUGCAGUGUUUACCCUUAAACACUGAAUUGGAGUUCAUUGAGGAACAUUAGAAAAUUGACCAAUUUUGACUACAUCUGUAGCUAGUACAAAUGUAAUAUUUUCAACCACAUGUUGAGGGAAUUUCAUUUAAAUUUUAGGGUCUUUUAUACUAUUUUUCUUCAAAAUAUUACAGCUGAAAAAAACAGAAGCCUCUAAAGCAGAGGUUCUCAAACUGUGGUUUGCAGACCACCACUGGUCCAUGAGCUCCAUUCAGAUGGUCCACAGAGGCUGUGGAACAAUCGAGAAUAUCUUGUAAGGGUACUUGUAAGGUAAGACUACUGAUAUUAAAAUCUGAUUUGUGUGCUUUGAUUUGUAGAACAACAAAAAGUUUAAAUGGUCUGCUGAGACCCUGAGCAAUUUUCAAAUGGUCCGUGGGGAAAAAAAAAGUGAGAAUCACUGCUCUUUUAGGUUGUUAGGUAGAACAUCCCAUAGAACUGUCCCUAUUAUGUAUGCUACAUUUGGCAUGAGAUGUGACACUUCUGGAGAUAAAUAGCUAUUUCCUAUUGUUACAUUGCGUUGGUUGGUUAAAGAUGUCAGAGAGCUCUACUAGGAACUGAUGCAUCUCCCAUUCAUAAACAGAGGCAGACUUUAAAGCCAUUCAGAGCCUGAAGUUGGCGCAGACUACAUUAACUCAUAGACUGGAUGGAGUGCCUCACUGAAAGCACUUGAGUACUCUGGGAUGUGAGUACUCUAGGAUCUGCUCUGGUUGCACUUCAGCUGCCAGGUAGAGUUUAAGGGCUGAUCACCUAUGCAACCUUAAUAGUCCUGAGAGUGCCACUCUUAACAGGCUUUCUCCCUGUAACAUAAAGCUCCAGUGGGAGUCAGCAAAGGAGCUUGAUCCUAUGUUCAUUAAAGUCAAUGCCAAAUUUUACAUUAGCUUCACUGGUAGGGCUGGGAGCAAAACUUACUUGCUGAAUGCUCGUGAACUUGCUUUUCACCUUGGUCUGGAAUAGUCUGCAUGGGAGACAUCGUAUAAGAGCCAUUGAUUUGACAUGUUCCCAGGGGAAAGUUGAAUACAGGCUACUUCUGUACAGGAAGACAGACAGAGGCUAGGCCGAUCUAUUAUAUAGCUGAGUUAAUUCAUUAUUUUUUGUGGCACAGUGGUGACCAUUUAGUUUGUAAGUCUAAUUGUUUUGUUCAAAUAUCUUGUUAUUACCACAAUCUAAACUGAGUUGAUAGAAGACUUCCAAUCGACUGGUACAACUGUUGAUUCAAGCGCUUGGAAAAAGACAAUGUACAUCUUGAAUGCUUAAUUUAUCCACCUAGUUGCAAAAGUAUUUUAGAAACUGUACUGCCAACAAAGGCCAGUGCAAGACAGUGAUGCCCAGGCACAACCAAAGAGAGCAUAGCAGAGCCCUGAGGGUGUGAAUUUCAGAUGCGUGCAUUAGCAACUAGUACCAUUUAGCAAUACCAAAGAGCAUGUUUUAUUUGCAAGAUUUAGAUGAGCACUAAACAUGUCUGGUUUUUUUACUAUAAUCAAAAUGAUCCUGUUGGGAGUUUUGUAAAGUGUUUUUGAAUGUAUUUUUUCAUUUUAUUUAUAUGUAAUUUUUAAAAAUAUAUACAUAUAUUUUUAAAUGAAGAAAAAUGCAGUAUGAUAGAUUUUCUUGCACAUAUUAAUGUAGAUCUGCCAAACUGUAAACUGUCUGUUAUUUUUAGAGCAAUUGUAUAGCUUGUUUAACCCUUUUUUGAGUAUGCACAAAUAAAGCUGACUUAGCCUGGUGUGCAUCUUAUGUUUAUGUGGUUUCUAGGGCUGUCCGAAA